CUUUGCUGGUAGGCCUAGCUAGAGCUUUGUCAGAAAGUUUGCACACUGUAGAGGGCGCAAUACUUUGUUGCAGUUACUGUUUGUUGUUGUCGGUUGUUAAUUAAAUCAAAUCGCUGAUUAAGGUUCAAGUAUUUUGUAGACGUUCUAGUAGUAUUUGAUGCUGCGCAAUGCAGUCUCAAUACUAUCCCUCAAGCAAUGGCUUCACACCAAGGCAACAACCUCAAUCUUCCAAUCAUGGACCAGGUAAUCUGCAACAAGGUUUCCGUUUUUCUCGCAGAACAGAGCGUGUAGACUGGCGAAAAAUAGCUGCUGUUGAUAUUGAGCGUAUCACUGCAGAUGGGGACUGGAAUGUUCUGCAGCACAAUAUACAACAUGUAACCUAUUGCAACGUUGACCAGGAACUUGACCUUCGUGGCACAGACCCAACCUUUGUUAAGUUAUUCAAAUUAGCUCAGAUGAUUAUUGAAUACUUAAUGAUAUCUCAAGAACAUCUUGGAAGUGUUGUUAAUACAUUGGAGCAGAAAUUAUUAAAAGCGGUGGAAGCUCACAAUAACACAACUGUUAAAAUCAACAAGCAAAGUGAAGAAAUAAAGCAAUUAAAACAAGAAAACAAACUAAGGAGAAAAAUGUUAGCAAGUCAACAGAGCUUUAUUCAGUCCAAUGAAAACAACUACCAUAAAUGCUUGUACUGCCCAAAAGCUUUUGUUCAUGUAAGCUACCUGCAUGCUCACGUUGAAAGGAAGCACCCAGAACAUAGUACAACACAGGAAUCACAAUAUAAAUUAGCUAAUGAGAAGCAAGAACUCGAAAUCGGUGAACUAAGGGAAAAGCUAAAGAUGACACAGCGACAGUUGGAAGAGGAGGCAGCAACAUACCAGAAAAAACUAGCAGAAAAGGAGGCCUUAGAGAAAGAGACGCAAGACCAGUUUGAGAAGCAUCAGCUAGAUAUUAUCAGACAAGAGCAAAUUGAAGCUCAAAAGCAUGAAAUGAACAGUCUACGUGAUAUGUUUAUGAAGGAAUUAAAAGAAAUGAAUGAAAAGUACUCGGAAUCCCAGCAUGCAUUAGUGGAUCUCCAGCAAAGAUACGGUAAAACAUCAAUGUUAGGAACAUUACAAGAUGAAGAUGAGAUUGCUGAAUACAAAGAGAAGUUGCAUGAUCAACAUGUAAAGUAUGACAGGUUAAAGAAACGAUUAGAAGAAGAAGUAACCUCAAUGAAAAGUAGCAUGCUUCAAGAAAUGAAAAAGCAAGAUAAAGAUUGGAAAGAAAAAAAUAAAGAAGUAAAACAUAUGUACCGCAAAAAAAUAAGUAAAUUGGAAAAUGCUUUGGAGGAUGCUAAGAGGACAAUGGUUAUGGAGAGAGAGGGCAGCAAAGAUGAGAUAAGACAACAUUAUGAGCAACAACUACUGAGCAUGAAAAAGAAAUCUAAGCAACAAGAACAAGAACUAAAAGCCAGAGAAAAAGAAAUCAGUGAACUACAGAAGAGAAUGAAACAAGCUGUGGAUCAAGUUCAAAGUUUGGAGGUUGAAAAGAAAGCCAGUCAGCGCCAAGCUGCAAAGUUGCAGCAAUCAAAUAAUACACGUGGACGUAUAUUAUCCCCACCCCCUGAAGUAAAGACACAGCCACCAAGUUCAACAGAAGAAGAGGAAACAGAUGAAGAUGAAGAGUCAGAGGGAGUAGGUAAAAUGCAUGUAAGUUCCCCUGAUGCUCCAGAAAUGUAUGGUACAUUAGAAGACUCAAUGCUAAACACAGACGAAAACGAUGAUGAUGAAGAUGAGUACAGUGCUACAUCUUUGCCACAGAGAAAACAAAGAGUUGCAACCUUAGAUUCUCAUCCAAACAAAACAAGGAUUAUUGAUGGCAUGAAAGUUACAUUGGAUUCAGAACUUACAAAAAAUCUUCAGAAAAGAGGUGUUGGCAAGAAUGCGGAAGGUAUUACAUCUCGUUCAUUGGAGAAUAAACUCCAGGUCCUAAAAAAGGAACGACAGGAGCUUGCCAAGAAAUAUCCGAAGUUCUAUGACAUACGAGAGAAGUGUCGCCGCGACAUGGAGCUGAUGUCAAAAGAUAGAGCAAAGGGCAGGAAACCCACAAUGAUGCAACCAAAAUCAUCGGUGAGCCUGCCACCUAGAUCACCAUCACCAUUUGCUAAGUACAACCAGAGACUCUCCAGCACUGCUUCCCUACCAAGAACUAAGUCAUCAGAUAUUACACACCAGAGUAUGUAUGGUGUACCCAAGACAAAAAACACCGGACCUCCAGUUGCUCCAAGAGAUUCCCAGCCUCCCCCUGUAGCUCCACGUAGUCCGGAUUCACGGAACAAUCUACAGCCACGUGCAAAAAGCGCAUUGAAGGAGAGCUUUUCAAGUGAGGAGGAUGAUUUGUCAUCAACAGGUGAUGAUGAUAAUUGGGAUUCAGAGGAGGUGAGUGAGUUGAAGGAAAUAAGUCCAAGCAAGACGGCAGCUGGUGGGAGCGGGGUAAGGCCUACAUCUUCCCAGAGGCAAGACCCCUCCGGACAUCAAAUCCAGUCACCUGACAUGAUGAUGGAGAGUUUGAGUGAUACUGGUGAUCAGAGCACAAGCAACUUUGAUACAAAAAGUGGUGGACAGAAAGUCAGUGAACUUACCAGAAGUAUUGAGUUCCAACUAAGUGGCAGAAAAGGCCACUCAAGACCAGUGGGAGGAGUGGACUUAAGUGGAACAGCUGGAUCAGGCCAUCUCGCAGCUCCAGCUUACAUAAAAGAUUCAAGUAGUCGAUCACCGUCGCCUCAGAUACCAACAAUACCUGAUAAGUUUGAUAGUGAUGAGGAAGAUAGCUUUGUCAUUUCUUCUUUAGAGGAAAGUGAAAGAGCUGUUCCAAAAUCCAAGCCACAACCAGCGCCUAGAACAGGAGGGGGUGGAAAAAGAAUGACUGGUGACACAGAUAUUUCUAGCAACACAUUUGGUACAAGUGUGUGGGGAUCAUCUUCAAAAGGUGCAGAUAAAGGCAGUACACAUGGAGAGGCCAGUACUGGCAAAAGUUCAUUAGUUUCUGUUACAGAUUGGGAUGAUGACGACGAUGAUGAUGACCUUGGCCUCAGUGACCUUUGAGUGACCUCUGAACCUAGUUCAUCUUGUUCUUCAUUAAUAAUUAAUAACAAAGGCAAUGAUUACAUAACAGUUUAAUUCUAAAAUAUCUUGAUAUCACAGCAAGUAUAUUCAUGUUUUUAUGAAU